AUGAGAGGAUUACCCCCUCAAUAUGCGCAUUCUCAAAUAGAAUUAAAAAUUUCGUGCCGAAAAUUAGUAGAUAUAGAUUAUCUAUCGAAAAGUGACCCUCAAGUUAUAUUGUUAAUUAAGGAUCAGAAAACGUUAAAAUGGAAAUCUACAUUACAUAAAACUGAAGUAGUCAUUAAUGAUUUAAAUCCAAAUUUCGUAAAAAUCGUUGAUGUCGACAAACCGUCAAAUCCAGAUUGGAGAGUCCAAGAGUUUGUUGGACAAUUUGAUUGUGAUCUAGGGUCAAUAGGAGGAAUGAUGAAAGGCAAAUUAAUAUCAUCAAAACAUGGAAGAAAAUCUCGCGGUGAAAUAAUUAUAUCAGCCGAAGAAAUUAACGAUUCAAAAAGAGUUGCAAAAUUAGAAUUUCAGGCUUAUAACAUAUUAGAUAAGGGAAUAUUUAAGUCGAAACCCAACCUAUUUUUGGUUCUUAAUAGAGUAAAUGAGGAUACUACAUUUUCUCCAGUCUAUGAAACAAACAAUGUUGCUUCAGCAAGUCCUGCCUGGAAAGAAUUUUCUAUAAAAGAAACUACAUUAUGUAAUGGUGACCAAGAUAGAACAAUAAAAGCUCAAGUUAAACAACGCAAAAAAAAUGUACCUCCAGCUCUUGGUGAGACUGAGUUUACACUUCGAGAAGUUAUAUCAGGAGAUCGUAAAUUCAUGUUUCGUCCGACCGAAAAAGGAAAAAUUGGGAAAGAUGCACACCUUCGAGUUAUUAAAGGAUUAGUUACAGAACCUCCUUCAUUCUUAGAUUAUAUUUCUGGUGGUACUCAAAUAAAUUUGGUGGUAGCCAUUGAUUUCACUGGUUCAAAUGGCGAUCCGAGAUCAAAAACUAGUCUUCAUUAUACUGGUGGUUCGAGAGAUAAUGAAUAUCAAAGCGCUAUUCGAAGUGUUGGAACUAUAUUAGAAGCUUAUGAUCAUGAUAGAAUGUUUCCGGCAUUUCAAGGCGUCGAUGGAAUAUUAGAAGCUUAUUCUAGAACUUUUGAUGCAUUGGAAUUAUAUGGACCCACAAAUUUCUCACCAAUUAUAAAUCAAACAGCUGAUAAAAUUAAACAAGAAUUGAGAUCUGAUAUGGAUUCUACUGUGAAAGCAAUAAUCAAUGCUACCUCUCUUCCUUUAUCUAUAAUAAUUGUGGGAGUUGGAAAUGCUGAUUUCGCUAAUAUGAAUGUCCUCGAUGCUGACGAUAACCCAUUGAAAGUAAGUGUAAUAGGAAGAGAUAUUGUGCAAUUCGUUGCAAUGAGAGAUUUCCAAACUGAAACGGCAAGGUAUUAUUUGCCAAAAGUUGUUCUUGAAGAGAUUCCCGAUCAAUUUAUUGAUUACAUGAAUAAAAAUAAUAUAAAGCCAAAUCCCAGAAUUCAGAAGAAUGUAAAAGACUUAUCCCACAACCCUAGGUUUGAUCCUGACUAUUAUGACGAAACACUUCCCGAAUAUUAUUCUUAA